AUGGGUAUUAAAGGAUUGACGAAUCUCAUUUCAGAGCAUGCACCUUCUGCCAUCAAAAGUCAUGAAAUCAAGAGCUAUUUUGGUCGCAAGGUUGCCAUUGAUGCCUCGAUGAGUAUUUAUCAAUUCAUGAUUGCUGUGCGCCAACAAGAUGGUCAAUUGCUUCAGAACGAAGAUGGUGAGACAACGAGCCAUUUGAUGGGUAUGUUUUAUCGCACUGUGCGUAUGGUGGAUCAUGGUAUCAAACCAGUCUAUGUAUUCGAUGGCAAACCUCCUACCCUUAAAUCAGGCGAGCUGGCCAAGAGAAAGGCUCGUAAAGAGGAAGCUCAAAUAAAGAUGGACGAAGCAACUGAAUUGGGUAAUCAAGAAGACAUCAAUCGAUUCUCAAAGCGUACAGUCAAAGUGACAACCCAGCACAACGAUGAAUGCAAAGAGUUAUUGAGAGUGAUGGGUAUUCCUUAUGUAGAUGCACCUUGUGAAGCUGAAGCACAAUGCGCUGAAUUGGCAAAGAGCGGAAAGGUGUUUGCUGCUGCCUCUGAAGAUAUGGAUACAUUGACCUUUGGCACUCCCGUAUUGCUCCGUCAUUUGACCUUUUCCGAAGCAAGAAAGAUGCCUAUCGAUGAAGUGAAUCUGGAAAAAGCAUUGGAAGGAUUGGAAUUGACAAUGCCUGAGUUCAUUGACCUCUGUAUCUUGAUGGGAUGUGAUUAUACAGAAACUAUCAAAGGUGUCGGACCCAAAAACGCAUACAACUUGAUUAAGCAACACAAGACGAUUGAUGAAGCCAUCAAGCACUUGACGCCCAGACUACAAGACAAUAUACCUGCUGAAUGGAAUUAUGCUGAUGCUCGCAGACUGUUUGUCGAGUCAGAAGUAACACCUGGAAAGGACAUUGAGCUUACUUGGAACACACCCGAUGUAGAGGCUGUGGUGGACUUGAUGGUCAAGAGAAAGGGGUUUGCCGAGGAUCGUAUCAGAAAUGGUUGCGCAAAAUUGGAAAAGAACCUGAAGCAAGCAACUCAAACUAGAGUACAGGAUUUCUUCAAGGUCUUGCCUUCAUCAGGCACACCCAAAGCAACACCCAAGGAUGACAAAAAGAGAGGCGCCAAAGACACUGGUAAGAAGGCACCAGCCAAGAGAGGCAGAAGAAAGUAA